UAGACAGAACUAAGAUGUGUAUAUGUAUUAGUAAUUAUUUAUUUUUCGGGAUGGCAGCCGGCUUAGCGUAUUUAGGCAUAGUUACAGCUUUGACCAUAGACAAUCAAUUGACGGUGAUAAAAAGCGAUUGCUUUGAGAGACUGGCUAUCGGUCAACGACUGAAUCCAAAAAAUGUUUACAAAUCUUUCGAGUACAACACCUUGCCCGAAUGUCAGGAAGCUUGCACGAAAGAGCAAAAUGCUUGUAGAGCUUUCAGUUUUGGGAUUGGUACAAAAGGAAAUGGAACCUGCGAGUUGAGUUCCGACCUCAUUAGAGAAACGGCCGAUCUAAAACCCAUCGGCACCGUAGCAGAAACUGAUUAUGAUCUAUAUAUAAAAAAGUUGGGAUGCAGCGUGGUUAUCGACAAAACCCCACACGAUAAACCACCCCUCAUUGAUUCUGACACAGACAUGAGACCAACUGAUGCCGUUUCUGAAUCAGAUUCACAUAUUAACCCGUCUUAUGGUGAUGCACGUCCUGAUGAUGAGUACCAUCAUCCGAAAAAUGAAUACCCAAAAUCUCCAUACGCAUCCAAUUUCAAUAACCAACACUACCUCCCUCCAAGUUCGGAUGAAGUUCAUCAUGUUCAAACACUUGUUAGUGUAGCUAGUGGACCUCGCUCUUACCUGCAUCCAGUACAUGAGAUUUUAGUAGGUGAUGGACCUUAUAGCUACGGAAGACCGCACAAAGCUCCUAGACCAAGCGGAUGUUGCGAAAAAAAUAAAGAGUGUUGUGCGUCAAGCGAUUUACCUCCUUUUAGACCUUCGAUUCUCAACCAUCCGUACGAUGACGAAAGGCCUUAUAGACCAAAACCAGAUGAUUUAGAUAGACCAUUUUAUGAUAGACCACCGUAUGAUAAACGACCAAAUGAUAGACCGCCAUAUGAUAAACCACCAAAUGAUAGACCGCCAUAUGAUAAACCACCAAAUGAUAGACCGCCAUAUGAUAAACCACCAAAUGAUAGACCGCCAUAUGAUAAACCUCCUUAUGACGGGCCAGAUGGAUCCUAUGAUAGACCAGAACCCCCUUAUGACAGGCCAAAACGACCCCAUGACAGGCCAGAUCCUUCGUAUGAUAGACCAAAUUCUUACGAUGGACCAGAUCAUAAUAGGCCGGGUUCAUCAUUUGAUAGGCCAGAUCCGUACGAUGGAUCAAAUCGACCUCAUGACAGGCCAGAUCGUCCGUACGAUGGACAAAAUCGACCUCAUGACAGGCCAGAUCGUCCUUACGAUGGACCAAAUCGACCUCAUGACAGGCCAGAUCGUCCGUACGAUGGACCAAAUCGACCUCAUGACAGGCCAGAUCGUCCGUACGAUGGACCAAAUCGACCUCAUGACAGGCCAGAUCUUCCGGGACCAAAUCGACCUCAUGACAGGCCAGAUCGUCCUUAUGAUGGACCAAAUCAACCUCAUGACAGGCCAGACCUUCCAUUUGACAAACCAAAUUCUUUUGAUGGGCCCUAUGAUAGACCAGGCUCAUCGCAUAGUAAACCGGGUCCUGACUACGAUCGGCCUGAUCCUCCUUAUGAUAGGCCAAAUCGUCCUUACGAUAGACCGGAUUCUUAUGACAGACCUGAUCUUCCAUUUGAUACCAGACGUUGGGAUCGUAUACCUGAUUCAGAUUAUGAUAGGCCUCCUAAGAGACCACUGGGAUCCGAUGACCACUUCAAACCCCAAGGACCACAUGAUAAAGGGUACGACAGACCAGCGGGACCAUUUAGACCAGGGGAUCGCCCCUAUGACCCUUCUCUGAACUCAAUUUACUACGACCGACCUCUUCCUCCGAAGUAUGGGUCCGUUAUACCACAUCCGGAUGAUUACAAUAGGAGACCAGGCACUAAUGGUUAUCCAGAAGGUGACAAAUUUGAUAAACCACUAAGGAAACCUUUCUACGGCCACCCAAAUGAACCAGAUUAUCCAGGUUAUCAUUACGACGCACCACCUUCUAAGCCACCAUCUGACUCUCAUAUUUAUGGCGAUAGCCGCCCUGGUGGAGAUUCUCGUCCUGGCUAUCAUUACGGUAAACCACCUAAACCAGCUCCAGGAUCUGGAAUUUAUGAGAACGGUAAACCUGAUGGAGAUCGUCCAGGGUAUCAUUACGACAAACCCUUGAAACCUGGUUUAGAUUCUGAUGGGAAGCCAGACAGUGGCAUGCCUUACCCAUACAGUCCAGGGCCUUCUAAUGGUAAUGGAUAUAGUGAUGAAUCAGUAAAGAAUAAGCCGACUGAACCAAGUGAUCCAAAUAAUCCAAAUGGUGGCUAUAAUUAUAAUAAACCGGGUGGGCAGAAGAUAAUUUAUAGCGAGAAUGGGUCCAUAAUUUCAUCGAGCAUUGGACCCCAUGGAGAACAGAUAACUUCUAUUAUCACAGAAAUAAAAGACCCAUGUUUCCGACGAGUCUUGGCAGGAAAACGUGCCGCACGCAGAUGCGUCAAGCGUGCUUUCACUUGUGAGACCGUGGAACAAUGCCAAAGAGAGUGUGCCGAUGAAAAGUACUUUAUUUGCGAAGGAUUCAAUUACAGGUUGGAUCCUACAGGUCGCGGUAAGGGAGACUGCGAACUUUUGGACUUGCCCUUGUCUCAACUCGACAUAGGUAGGGACUUGUAUGCGGAUCCAGAAUACGACUACUACGAGAGAGACCGCAAUGCCGUUUCCGCCAACUGCAAGCAGUGGCCUAACAGGGGUGGUGGCUACUACCCACCGUAUAGGGGAAGUUAUGGUGGUGGAGGUAGUUAUGGAGGUGAUAGGGGAGGUUAUGACUAUGAUCAUGGAUAUUAUGCAGACAGAAGAUACGAUGAAAAAAGACCUUCCGGAUAUAAAGGUGACAGAGGUCCCUCUGGGUACGAUUCCAGCCUAAGGCGUCCGGGAGACCGAUGGAUAGACGACGAUGAUUACAAAUUCAGACGCUUCAGACCCGGUUAUGACUACGAUAACCGACCUGGUGGAAACCGUCGCGGAGACGUCUCAUACCACCACUCUCAUUCCCAAGACUAUGAGAAUAGUCGCAGGUAUUAUCAUGACAGGGAUCGAUAUGAUUACCAGGGCAACCGUGGUAUCCAUUAUCUCCCAGCCCAUUACUACAAACCCCUGAACGAACCCGAUAGAUAUAAGCCUUACGAGCCAUAUUUACCCCCAAAUCGCUUCUUUGAUUCGCCCCCCUACAGAUAUGACGACAAGUAUUACAACAACAGGAACAGAGACAGAUUCUGGGGCUUGGAUAGGUACGGGUGGGGUUCCUAUGGGAACUUUGGACAUCGUGACUCCAAUUACGGGUAUAAGUAUCAGUACAAUAAUAGAAACAGAUACGAUAUAGACAGGAGAAACUAUUACUUACCUCCCAGAGUCGAUACUCCAAAGGACUGGGGUCUGUAUGGAGGUACUUACGGUAAUGGUGGGAAUUACUACCAUUACGACAGCUACGGUAACAAACAAAAAUACGAUUACUGGGGUUUUUAUAAGUACCAAGAGAAAUAUGAUGGUCAGAAACACUUUUACGGGGAUCUUCCUCCAAACAGAGGCAUCGGUUACUUACCCGCAUCUAGACCAAGUAACGAUUUGCCUCCCUCUGUCGGAUAUUUACCCAAGCGCCCAGGAGGAAGUUACUUUCCCAAACUUCCAGGUGGAAAUUACCUGCCCAGUCCUCCAGGUGGAAGUUACUUUCCCCUACCUGCCAAGCCUAACAUCCAUGAAAGUCACUUUGGUUAUAGCAGCGGAAUUAUUUCCACUGACAAUUUUGAUAAUUCCAUUCUACCUGCAGAGCCUAGAAGGCCACCCAAAUAUGAUUUUAUCAGAGACGAAUGCUCAUUAAGAAGCGCAGCAGGAUUCCGACUCCACAAGGGAAUAGUAAAAAAAUUCUAUGCAGUACCCAACAUCUAUGAAUGCGAAUUGUUGUGUUUUAGAGAAAAAGACUUCCCCUGCACUUCAUAUGCCUAUAGGUACACUAUCAGCUUGGCAGCGCCAACUGAUAACUGCUACCUAAGCAAUAGGAAUUAUAAAGAACUGGACUAUUACACUGACAUAGAACCGGAUAGGGAUUUCGAUAUUUAUACGAUGAAUAAUAGAAAUAGAUGUGAGGCACCUAUCGUUCAUGGCAAAGACAAUAGUGAAUGUUUUUGGAGAGUAAGAAGUGGACAAAGAUUAGAUCAUAAGGUAGUGAGAGAUUCAUUGACCGCCAAGUCUAUAGUAGAAUGCCAACUUGAGUGUUUAAGGACCACCAGAUUUACUUGCAGAGCUUUCAGCUAUAGAUAUGGUUCACCAGUUAUUGGUGGAGUCAUAGACAACUGUCAGCUAACGGAUUGGCCCUACCUUGAGCUGGAUCCACGUUCUCACUUUGUUCCCGAACCAGGAUUCGAAGUAUAUGAGAGAGGAAGCUUCGGGCAUGGUUGUGAACCUGAUCAUUUUGGAAUCAGGAACAAGCAGAGGAAAGAUGAAGGCACCAAAGUGGAUCAGUUGUGUUACAUUGGAUUCGGUUCUCCUGCAAGACUACUACCUCAGGCUGCGAAGAAGACAUUGUAUGUUUCCACAGAGUUGGAGUGCAAAGCAGAAUGUUCGAAGUCUAGAGAAGGAACCCUCUUCCAGUGCAUGUCAUUCAGUUACAGGUCCAGCGGACCCAAGGAUGUGCCAAACUGUCAACUAUCAGACAUUCUACAGAGAGAUUUACUACCAAAUGUGGAUUAUGUCCACGAUCCAGACUAUUGGCUCUUCGCUUGGGAUAAUUACAGCCCUGAGUGUAUCCGUCUGGCGAAUGAACCGGUGCAUGGCAAUACCAUAGGAGGAGGCAAGGAAGGUGGUAUUGAUGGAAGAUAUGGAUGGGAUGUAUUCAACGCUCUGGACACUUGGAGGGUAUACAGUGUCAGUGGAUGGCCCUGUCGUCGUGGCAGUCUGUGCCAGGAGAAUAGGGAGGCGGGAUUCUGGUUCUGUGAACUGGAAGGUGGAGAUAAAAGCUCUUGGGAUUAUUGCUGCAGGCCGGAUCAUCAAUGUGGAGCUUCCGAUGGAUAUGGAUACCAGUGGUGUUACGUAGGACCCGUGAGAACGCAAUGGAGAAAAUGUAGUGAUAGAUACUACCCAUACGUACAUAACGUCAUCGGAAAAGUAGAUAUUUCGAAACUAUAUCUUCCACCUCCUCAGAGACCUUCAUGGAGACCACCCUCCUACAGACCUGGAGGACGACCUGAUAGACCUCCAGCGGUACCAUUGGAUCCACCACCAACUCCUAGUUUAGAUGAGUACGAGAAGCUAUUUGAAGAUGAAUUUUUAGAUCCUCCAAAACCAGGUGGUUUCGUCCAGACCAGGCACUGGCCCGUAUCUUACUUACAUAAAGAAAUGCCACCAAACAGUACAGAUUCUGAACCCAGACUCAUGCGGAUGGAAAAGAAUUCAAAUUCCAAAUAUGCAGCUAUCCAGAACUUGAUCAACGUCAUCAAGAAUAACGACCUGAAGAACGUCCAGUAUCACAUAGCUAAUGAAUCCAACAACGCCGAAGAUAUCCUCUUCGUCAAAAUACCACUCCCCACCAACUUUACUGAAGAAACUAAAUCUCAUAAAAGAAAUUCCGUACGGAGCAAUACAACUGUGAGUUUGCAGACGGUUUACUCAGAUGAAGGAAUCAACAUCCAAGCGAAAAGAUCUCACAAAGGGCUGCCUUUUGUGUCAACACGGUUGUACGAAGGGAAUAAAGAUUCGAAUUAUAGGUUCGAGAGCGAUACUUAUCGAUCAUCUCCCUCUCCCGUGUACAGACGGGGUUUCGUGACCAGGGCUAAUAUCACUGAAGGACGGCUGGCUUUUUAGCUUUUAGUAAUUGCCACAAUGCUU